AGUCGCGUACAGAGUGCAGCGAAAAAAACAAGGAAACAGCUUUUUCUUUUUCUUCGGUGUUGUUUUUCUUUCUCAGUGAGCGCCUAUCUGAAGCCAGCCACGCCAGUGGCCAACGAGCGCGCAUGCACACACCUUCCUCCCUCGCCCUCGGUACGCCACAAGGGCCCGUUCUUUAUCACGGCGCGAAAUCCAACACCGGCUUGAUUCAGGUCCGGCCAGCGCCGAAGCAGUCUCGGUGUGCUGCGCAGCCGUACACAGUAACCCUCACUGGGGGACCCGGGGGUCUCGUCCUCGUUGUCGCAGCUUGAGUUCCGCGGCUGGGCGAUCGCGGCCCGAAGACCGUGCAACGGCAGCGCUGACCACGUAAACCAUGAGCAUACACGGUCCUCAAGACCAGCAGCGCCAGGAUGGUGUCGAGCCCUCGGUGCACGAACACCGCCAGAACCACCGGUACCAUGUGUCGUCGAUGGCUCAAUACGAGCGCAUGUACCGCGAAUCCGUCGACGAUCCGGCCGCCUUCUGGGGCAAGCUGGCCCAGAGGCUCGACUGGAAAGUGCCGCCCAGCCCCGAUCGUUUUCUGGCCUACAACUUCGACCCCCGUGCCGGACCUGUGCGUGUCAUGUGGAUGCAGGGAGGCAUCACCAACGCCUGCUACAACGCGCUAGACCGUCACGUCCUCGCAGGACGAGGGGACAAGGUGGCCUACUACUGGGAAGGCAACAACCCUUUGGACAAAAAGACCAUUACUUACGGGCAGCUGCUGGACGAUGUCUGCAGAUUCGCCAACGUUCUCAAGGCAAAAGGCGUUUGUGAAGGCCACCUGGUCACCAUCUACCUCCCCAUGGUGCCCGAAUUGGUGGUCGCAAUGUUGGCGUGCGCCAGGCUUGGAGCCGUGCACACCGUGGUUUUUGCAGGCUACUCUGCCGAAUCACUUGCACAGAGAAUGUACGACACCCAGUCGAGAAUACUAGUCACUGCCGAUGGGAGCUGGAGGGGCAAGAAGCUCAUUCUGCUCAAGCCGAUCGCCGACGAAGCGAUCGAACUGUGCCGACAGAAGAAACACGCCGUCGAAUCGUGCAUCGUGCUCCGGCACCUACUGUCGAGCGAUCUUCGUUCGGGAGGUAACCUGCUGAACGGCUAUUCGAAGGAAUCUUUCGAAAUUCAAGAAGGCACCGAGGACGUGUACUCCUGGUGGCACGACGAAGUCAGUUGUCAGAGCACAGACUGCGACGUCGUCUGGGUUGAAGCCGAGGACCCUCUGUUUCUGCUCUACACGAGUGGUUCGACGGGCCGUCCCAAGGGCGUCAUCCACACGACGGCCGGCUACGUGCUGUACGCGCUGUCCACCAUCUACUACACAUUCGACUACCGACCCGAGGACGUCUUCUUCUGCUCCGCCGACGUCGGAUGGGUCACGGGACACACCCACGUCGUGUACGGCGUGCUCGCCAAUGGCGCCACAAGCGUGCUUUUCGAAGGAGUGCCCUUCUAUCCCGACCCCGGACGUUUCUGGGAGAUCAUCGACCUGUACCAGGUCACCAAGUUCUACACAGCGCCCACUGCUAUUCGCGCCCUCAUGAAGUACGGCGACUCGUACGUCAAAAAACACAGUCGAAAGUCCCUGAAGCUGCUGGGAGUCGCGGGCGAGCCCAUCGGUCCGGACGCCUGGUUCUGGUACCACCACGUGGUCGGCGAGUGUCGCUGCAUGGUACUGGACACGUACUGGCAAACGGAGACGGGUGGACAGAUGAUAACUCCUCUGCCAGGCUGCACACCACUGAAGCCGGGAGCAGCGACCCUACCGUUCUUCGGCGUGGCGCCAGCCAUCCUCGACCAGGACGGCAAUGAGAUCAAGGGUCCGGGAGAGGGCUACCUGGUUGUCAAGAAACCUUGGCCUGGCAUGAUGCGGACUCUGUACAAAGAUCACGACCGCUUUCAGAAGAGCUACUUCGCAAAGUUCCCCGGAUACUACUUCACUGGCGACGGUGCUCGUCGAGACGAAGACGGCUACUACUGGAUCACGGGUCGCGUGGACGACAUGCUGAAUGUGUCGGGCCACCUCAUCUCCACGGCGCAGGUCGAGGCGGCACUGCUCGGCGUGCACGACCUCUCCGAGGCGGCCGCUGUGCCCAGGCCCCACAAGGUCAAGGGACAGUGCCUCUACUGCUACGUCGUCCUCAAGAACGGAAAAAACUUUUCUGAGGACCUCAAGACUCGGCUCAAGCAAAGUGUGCGCUCCAAGAUCGGUGCCUUCGCGGAUCCUGAGUACAUCCACUGCGUCGAGCGGCUACCCAAGACCCGGUCGGGCAAGGUGAUGCGCCGGAUACUGCGCAAGAUUGCCUGCAACGAGCUCGAGUUUGGCGACGUGAGCGCGCUCAGUGAGCAGGACGUCAUCUCCGAACUUCUCCAGUCCAAGUGCUUCAUCCAGAACGGACACUGAGGCCACAGCGACAUCACUGCAGAAACAUCCUCGCAAUCGGCUUUCCGAAGCUUGCUCUGUCGCUAGCUGUCCGUGAAGGGCCAUUGCCCUCUUUUUCCUAACACACCCGUUGAUUAGUAGGUGCGUGGUGCUAAACAAAAGCGUAAUAGCGAGAGGUGAGACCUUCCGUCAUUAAAGGGGCCCUGAGACAACGGUAUCUUCAGCAA